GUUUACUUCCGUAACAAAUGAAAACCCACACAGCUUGUAAACAGAUCUUGAUUUAAACCAAUACAAACGAUCAUUUGAUAUCGAGUGAGUUAUUGUGAUGCAGUGUUAUUUAUGGCAAUGCCAUAAAGCUCAGUUUGAAAAAUAUAAGUGUAACGGAAAAUGUCGGACUACAAGGAAAUCAUUCGCAACCCGGAAACCCUGAACUGGUUUAAGGCGGCCAUGGGUAUGAACAUAACACGUGACUGCUUGCUUGAUAUUGUAAGGGAGAUAAGUCAGGUGUGUUAUGAUAGCAUUCGUAGAGAGAUCAAGCAACAACACGGUGUCAUAGAGAGCGUUGUCUGUAAUCAGUGCCACACUCCAAAUGUCGUACCGUGUGACCCUACGAACAUAUGCUGCAAAAAAAAAACGUGGGAAAUGCGAAUUUCAUGUUAUUCACAAGCCGCAAAAUUGCCCAAAAAAUAAUUUAUGCAAUGCAAUUUGUAAACAACUAGUAAAACAACACCGAUUUCGCUCUCAACAAAACCCACACAGCUGUAAAGGUCCUACGUGGAUAAACACGGAUGCCUCUAAAUGGUGCUCAGAGCCCUGGCAGAUUUCAAAGUGCUUCAUGUCAAAAGAUGGGUAUCAAGACGUCAACCAAGCAGAAGGUACCGACUUUAACGGCAUAGUCAACGUCAUAUACAACUGUGAAUACUUCCAAACGUAUUUCAAGGACGACCUGACACAACUGGAAAAUGUGUGCACGAAGGCCAGAGAUGUGGGGCGUGCUGUACGACAUUCCUCCACAAUGUCCAUGACGAUACAGAACAGUGACAGAGCCAUCGACACGCUGGUAUCGCUAAUGCAGAACCUAAAACACGUCGAUCACCAAGCUGCGUCACGGACGGCAGUGGACAAGUUAACACAGCUGAAGAAUGGGACCCUAGCGAUUACAGACGAAGAUAUCGCUACAACCUUUCAACAUUUCAAAGAAAAUUUGACGGGAGAAAUUAAAGAAGCUCUUGAACAAGAAAAGGAUACACUAGUCAGGGCUAUGGAUGAUGCUUUAAAGAAUACAGGUGAAAACAUCAAAGAAGCAAUCAUCAAUGCUGGAGACGGCCAACUUGCUUUUUGUUUAAAAGGAAAGGAGAUGAAGUGCUUAAUAAGUUGGACAAAGCAGCCUCAGUUAAGCAUUCAGGAGUUACAGGUGACCAGACUACACCACCCACUGUUGAAAUGAGCAGUACCUUAUCUAAAAUACAGUCGUGGUUAAUCGAACAGUACCAAGCAAUGUGUGUCGCGCCGGUUUCGAUGCUAGAUACGGACAUAGAUGUACCUUUAGAGCGGAUCUACGUGACUCCGUCUAUUACGGAGCUCAAGAGAGGCCAGAAACACCGCAAUGGUGUGCAUGACACGGACCAGCCCUCACCUUUGGGAACAGAUGUAAGCAGCUACAAUGGGUUAUUGCUUCGUCACGGAAAGCCGGUAAAUACAAUUUAUAUACAAGGAAAUCCGGGUUGUGGCAAAACGACAUUUUCAAACAAGCUCGUUCUUGAUUGGUGUAAAGCUCAAUCGACAAUAGUUACUUCCAAAAAAAACACAAGCAGCACAACAACUAGAAAGCAAACAUCAAAGCCAACAGCAUUCAGCGAUCUUGACACUUUGCUAGAAUACAAAUUUAUGUUUUUUGUAUCAUUACGUGAUUACAGUGGAGAUAGUUGUAACGUCAAUCAGAUGAUUAAGGAUGCUUUAAAGAGGAACGAUCUUGAUUGGGAUGAUAGUGUAUGGGAACAUAAAUGUAUUGUUCUAACCGAUGCCGCGGACGAAUGGUACCACCCCGAAAUACCUUUCCCUCCGCCAUCUGAUUCUACAUGCAUGUGUCCUAAAGACCGUACUAUGCCGCUAUAUUUGCAGCGAAGUAACAUUACCAACAUUAUAACCGCACGACCAUGGAAAUUUGCCGACCUCACAAUUAGCGAUACUUUAACGCGUACAUUUGAAAUUUCCAGCGUAUUGGACAACAAAACGUUGGCGAAAAAUGUGUUUCGUGUUUUAGCCGAGAAAGACUGUAUAUCGGAAAAGGAUCAACACGCCAAAUCUACUGACUUCUUUAAAGAAAUAAAGACACAAAACUUGGAACAUCUCAUUACAAUACCAGCCAUGUGUGUUCAGUUAUUUCAUCAGUUCUACGUUGGGCGUUUAACGAUGGGUUCACUUUGUGCUUUAUACAUCAAUAUGCUAGAUAUGCAUAUAGCCAGGGGACUGCACAAACUUCAAAUAAAAGAAUUUACCGCCGGAGAAAAAUAUUGUGGGGAUAUACCAGAUAUAUUAAGAACAGAAACAGCCGAGUAUGUGCAGGCUAAUUUGUCGCUGGUUUGUUCCGCCAGUGAACUUGCAUUUAAAACGCUGACAGACACUAACAAACAAUCAUCACUUGUCUUUCGAAAAAACAAAAUCACACAAUUCAUGACGCAAACAGAACUAGAUUACAUACUUCAGACAGGGAUUAUCACAAAGAAAAAGUCUUUGGCACUUUGCCCGGAAAAGAAUGUUCCAUAUAUGUUUGUGCACAAAACAAUCCAGGAAUUUCUAUCAUCGUUGUAUAUUGCCAUGAAUCAAACAGAAAUGGACGCAAUCAUGCAAGCAUUACAGAUGGCCUUUUGUGAUGGUCCGCAUAUUUUGGACAUAGGUCAGGUGUUCAUCUUUACGUGCGGAAUGUGUCCUCCAGCAGCUGAAAGAAUGUCAAAGCACAUCAUGGAUGUCCUCACAAAUGUACUGUCCAAAAAUGUUCAGGAACGCGAUUUGUCUUUUUAUCAUAAUCAUAAAGUUCAAAAUAUUGUAUGCGAUGGCUUUAUUGAAGGGACGGCAAACGAGCAAGCGUACCUACAUAUAAAUUACAGUCAUAUCGUACAUGACCAUCAUUUGUUCUUUCUUAUUAGAAAGCAUAUUAGAAUAAAGAGAUGGAAGAGAAUAAAGGCGGCCAAAACCUUAAUAGAUAUGAACAUAUCCAACAUUGUUAGUCUUGAUUAUAUUUCUUUUGGUGGACCAGUUAACGAAUACUGUUUGCAGGAAAUUAUAUCGCAAUCGAGAGAAACACUGUUGUAUCUUAGACUCGUUCGCCCAUGUCACAUUGAUCUACAUGGUGUACAACUCAAGUACUUGUUAUGUUGCGCGGAUAUUGAUAUAACCUCUGUAGACUGCAGCAAUAUGGUGUCAUGUAGACUAAAUAACGUAACACCAUUAACAGAAAGGGUCCUCUUCGAGUCGAUGUCAGCAACUGGUGAAAACAUCAGCUUUCUUGGGAUUUCAGAGUGUACGAAUAUUCAACUUUUCUGUGAAGCUCUUCAAAACCUUAGACGUCUACACACGCUUGAAUUACGACAUACACUACUUGAUGAUAUGCCGCUGCACGAUCACUUUCCUGUAUCAAUCAGGCGAGUUAGAUACAUUGCAACACGUGUUUCCGUUCAAGUUAUAAAGUCGAUGGUGGAAUGGUCAAAGUCACGUGACGUUUGCGUGAAAUGUAAAAUAAAUUGGUGUACAGUUCUGUCUGCGGAUUGGCAGUACGUCUGUGACUGGAUAAAGCAGCAGGACGGCAUUGAUUUCCAUGAGCCUAAAAACCAUACUAAACCAUACCAUACUAAAAACCAUACACGUAUUUGCUGGAGCAAGCGUGUAAACCUUGAAGUAAAUAAUUAAAAAGUUGUUGAUUAAAUGUGUUAUGAGUAUGAUGCAUAUAAGUGUUAUGAUGUUAUGUAUUGAAAUAAGAAAAUGAUCAAAUAAUACUUAAAGAUUUUUAAAAAAAUAUUUGUGUUAAAA